AUGGCAGACCCUAGAUCAUGCAAAUCAUCACUGGACUCACUGGCAUCAAGGCAGGCAUCCCCUCUUAUCACUCCAGCUAUGCUAGAAGGCCAUGCCAAUGCACCUACAAGUUGCAGAAGGGUUGCACUCCACCCAGAAAUCCUCUGGCAGCAAGAUGAUGCUACAAAACUCAAUCACCUGCACAGAUAUCUCAUAGGCAACAAUACCAGCAGCAGAUCUCAACCCCCAGUGCUCCACAGAUCACUGGAGAAGAAUACAGUGCAUCUUAUCAGAUGCCUAGAUGCCUGGAAACAAAUCAUGUUGCAGGAUGUUACACAAGCACACAGGCACAUGCCUCCCAGAAGAGUCUUCACAGUCAUAGACAACACCCUCAAGGCCCCUUCUGGCUCAGGCAGCUCAGGCAACAAGGACUUCUUAGUCCCUAUCAAGGAUGAGCCUGACCCAAAAGGGAAACAAAGGGUCAAAUUGGAGUCACCAGAACCACCUAGAACAACUUCAAACACUUCCUGGACAAUCCCACAUACCCAGGAACACCUUGACACCAACCCAGAGCAGCCAUUCAUCAGGCCAACAUCUUUAGAUCUCCCAAGCACAUCUCAAGCAGCAACAAGUAGCCCCCUAAGCAAAGGAUAUCUAUCAGCUCAACCAAGAGAAACAAAUGAAGGAAAGGAGGCAAGAACAUUGCACAACAUUGCUACCAUGAUGGGCAGAGCCUUAUCUGUCCCACUUCAGAGCCCCUUCAGGGGCUUCUUGUCCCAAACUCCUGGUCCAGCCCAAGUGAAAUCAAAGAUCCCUGCUCCUGAGAAGUAUGAUGGCAAGAAGGGCCCUGCAGUCAAAUCCUUUUUCCUGGAUUGCAAAACAUACUUCCUCAGCAAUGCUUCCUCCUUCCCUUCUGAUCACAGUUGCAUCUCCUUUGUCCUCAUGAACCUAAAAGAUGGACAACCCAAGAAGUGGGGGCAGAUCUAUCUAGAGAAGCUGCUGAAUGGCAAUAAUGAGCCAACCCUGGAAUCCUGGAAUAUAUUUGAAGGAGCAUUCUUGUGCAAGUAG